CACUGUCAACGACUGGGCUUGUUAUGAGUAACUAGCAGCACUUUAAGCUAACGUUAACCUGCUAUCUGUCUGUUUAUCAACGUUAGUCGUUCAUUCAGUAAUUAGAGUCUUAAUAUUUAUUCAGCACACAUUUGUUGCAGAUACAUUCAUUCAGCAAACCCGAAAAGAAAAGGACUGUAUUCACGGGUAACGUUAGCUAAAGCUUUUUUUUUUUUUUUUAAAGCAUCGUAUCUCUGAAUUGUAACCAAUUGUUAACACUGUUGUUGACGCUAAGCUAAGCCCUCAGGAGCUAACGUUUUGUAAUUUUUUGUCAGAAUAUGUCAGGUUUUAUGUGUUAAAACAGAUACAUGCGACAAUAGCAAAUAGAGGUAGUGUGAAGUAAUGCUGGCUUGCAGUGAAUGAGUAGUGGUCUCUUGCUGAGAGGAAAAAGGUGAUGUCUGAGUUCAGGAUUAAGCUGAAUGAACCAGAGGCAAAGACUAACGGGGACCAGGGUGGACCCCCUCCUGACCCGGGGAAAUCUCCCACCUCUGAGGCCUGUGGACCUGGACUGCAGGGUCUAUUGCCUGCUGGUCCUCCAUCUUCAUCAGACGUCAGCCCCUCACCUUCUGCUGAGACAAGUGGUUUGCUGUCAUUACCAUGGGAGAUGGUAACUCACAUUGCAUCACACCUUCCUGCUCAGUGUGUCAUCACCGUGCUGCCAAAGGUCUGUCAUGCUUUGGGCAAUGUUGGGAAGGACAACACCGCUUGGCAACUCCGGGCACGCAGACUGAUAGGUUCCCGAGCUGGCUUCCCUGUCGGGCCGAGGGAGGACUUUGACUGGCCUUCUGCUUGCCUGGAGAUGGAGCAGAUGAUAACCUGCUGGACAGGACAAGCGCACCUUGUUGCCAGACAGACCCAAGAGGAUGAAAGGGAACAAGUGAGGCCGCAGCAAAGGGCGGAGCAGGACGGGGAACCAGCCGCAGAAAGACAGGAAGACGGCGGAGAGGAUGAGGUAGAAGGGGUGGGAGUGGAGGCGCAGGAGGUUGCGUACGGCGUCGAUGAUGGGAUGGAGGUGGCAAUGGAAGGCGAGGAAAAUGAGGAAAUGCAGCCGGUCGACGGUGGAGACCAACUGGCGAGACUGAGAGAGGAGCUGGAGGAGAGACUGGAGGACGAUGCAGCAGCACUAAUGGAAGAGGAAAGGGACCACAGGAUGGUGUUUGAUGCUAAUGAGGGGCAAGAUGGUGCUCUAAAUCACCAGGAAGACUUGGCAGGCCCCAGAAAUCUAGAUAAUGGAAGACAGAUAGAGAUGGAGCAACGUCAAACCCCCAGAAGUCCCAGCCCGCCCCCAGCGCUGGAGUGCAUCACCCUACCUUCAGGCCACAUUGCCCAGGUCAACUCAGUCCUCCUUGUGGGCGGAGACGGGGCAGUUUGUGCCACAGGCUCCAGAGACUGGAAUGUUAAACUGUGGGAUCUGCAGGCGGGCUCCAGCGGCAUGCUGCUGCACACACUGGGAGGGCAGGGUGACUUCAGCACCCAUCGGGGCUGGGUCUGGUGCCUGGCGUCUCAGGGACCUCAGCUGGCCUCGGGGGGCUUUGACAGCACAGUGAGGCUGUGGGACCUCCAGGCAGGAGGCGCGGAGAGGGGCCUGAUCAGGGCCGGGGCCGCUGUCCUCUGCUUGUCCUGUCAGACGGACGUUUUGCUGGCUGGAACAUUUGACAAGAGAGUCAGCAUGUAUGACACCAGAG